AUGGGCUCCCAUCCCGUCGAGUUUGGUGAACGGACAGCGGGGUCUGAGGUUGCCAAGGUGUUUGCAGACCGGAUUCGGGCAAAGAAAAUCUUGGUGACGGGCGUCAGUCCCAAGGGGAUCGGGUCAUCCACCGUCUUGAACCUCGCAUCUCAAAGCCCUAGCCUUCUGAUUUUGGCCUCCCGUACCAAGGCCCGGCUUCAAGAGGUUGCAACCCAGAUUUCGGCAAAGUACCCCAGCACGCGAGUUGAAAUUGUCAUCCUAGAUCUGGGAUCACAAAAGGCGAUUCGCCAGGCAGCUGCCGACGUUACCGCCCUGACCGACAAACUUGAUAUCCUCAUCAACAACGCCGGCAUCGUUGUGACAUCCCGCCAAGCGACACCCGAAGGCAUCGAGCAGCAGUUUGGAACCAACCAUAUCGGCCCCUUUUUGUUCACAAACCUCCUCCUGCCCCUGUUACGCAAGGCGGCUGAGUCCAACCCCCCUGGUGCGACUCGCAUCGUGUCUCUUACCAGUGCCGGCCACAGGCUCUCCCCGAUCCGCUUCUCCGACUACAACUUCGAGGGCAAACCGGUCCCCCCCGAGGAAGACCACGUCAAACCGCUCGCAGGCGCUUUUGGCAAGUGCGCCCCUGACGGAUACAAUGGCAUUGUCACGUACGCGCAGUCGAAGACGGCAAACAUCCUGUUCACCGUUUCCCUCCAAAAGCACUUAUCAAAAAGCGGAAUUUCCGCCUACGUCCUCCACCCUGGCACCAUUGAGACGGAUCUCAGCCGGGACCAAGACGAUGAACUCACCGCCCAAUUCUACAAGGUUGCGCCGUAUUGGAAGACCCCCGACGAAGGCAGUUCGACGACGCUCGUAGCUGCAUUGGACCCGGCUCUGAAUGAGAUCAACGGCCUCUACCUUUCCGACUGCCAGUUCACCAAGCCCGCGCCUCAUGCCAGUGAUCCCGUUACCGCUGACCGGCUGUGGAGCCUCAGCGAAGAACUGGUCGGAGAGAAGUUCUCCCUGGGAAGUUGA